UAAGCUUUCACAUGUGUGACAGUUGAAACAGAGGUUUCAUCUGCAGAGGGAUCAUGGCUCUUACUGAUUUCUGAUUUUGUGAAAUAUGAACACACAUAUUUACACUUCCUAGUUUACAGAGCUAUUCAUUUUAAAAGGUUACAACACAGAUGGCACGCGAUAAAGUUGUCUGUAGGGCAGGUGCAUAUCUUCGUUAAGCAAUGCAGAAGAUGACAUUGGUGAAUGUAUUUCUCUGGGUUUUCAUAUUUGGACUUCAUCAUGCGGAAUAUGUUUCAGAGUUAAAGAGAGCCUGCAUAUUCGGAAAUGUGAAGUGUAUUUGUUGGCAUCAGUACCCUGCUGUCCAUGUCAACUGUUCUGGAAGAAAUGUAAAAUGGAUUCCAGGAUUUAACGAUAGUGUAGUUUGGCUGGAUUUAAGUCAUAACAAAAUAGAACAAAUUCAUCCACAGGCACUACCCAAACAUUUGAAAUAUUUUGAUCUUUCUUGGAAUAAUAUGAAGAAUGUGAGGAAAAAGUAUUUCAGUUCUGUACCAGAGCUCAACUUUCUUGACUUAUCGUAUUGCAAUAUAAAGGAUGUUGAGGAAGGAGCAUUUGGUGAUUUGGAUAAUUUGCAACACUUAAACAUUUCCUUCAACAGAAAUUUAGGAUUUGCGUCACUGCCAAACCUGACCUUUCAUUUAAGCAAAACGAGGAUAAGUUCAUUGCAUCUGAAUGGGAUCACAUGUAUGACAGGAACAGGUACAACCUUAAGACUUCAUCAUUUAAGAAAUAUAAGAGGCGCAAAUAUUACAGAACUUUCGCUAGACAGCAAUAGACUGGAAUUAUUUGAACCUGGAGUAAUCGGAUGGUUACCAAAAACGUUAGAGGUAUUUUCAGUGGCUAGCAAUAAAUUAACAACAGGUGUAUAUCUGUUAGAAUUUGCAUCGAUGACGAAUUUAAGAAUUUUUAACGCAAGUUUACAGCUUCAUCCACCGAAAUACCCGUCGUCUGUGUUCGAUAGAUGUCAAGAUAAAGUGGAAAGACAAAUUUAUGAUGGUUCUAAUGAUUCAAUCAGAGAAAUGUUAGGAAACUACUACAAUAAUGAUUAUUUUCUUAACUUUAACUGGACGAUUCCUUUACCCCCAAAUCUUGAAACAUAUGAUGCUCAUUCUAGUAGAUUAUACUUUCAUGUUCCAGACUUUUCUGUGCAUGCUCCAAAUCUUCGACACGUGUACCUUCAAAACAAUUUCAUAAUGUCAUGGGCGGGGUAUAUACAAAUGAAAAACUGCAAUAUAUUAACCUUGGAUCUUUCAAACAACUUCUGCUCUCAGAUGUCACCACAAAGUAUUCAAGACUGUAAGCAUGUAAGAUAUUUGAAUAUUUCUCACAAUGACUUAGGACGAGACUUGGAAAAAGACACCGAAGGCAAGCUGUUUAAAAAUCUUGGGAAACUUGAGGUUUUGGAUUUGUCAUUCAACAAAAUUUCCUCUUUACCAAGGCUUCUUCUGAGAAAUUCGAAAAGGAUUAAGUACAUUAACGUUAGUAACAACAGAUUAUCUGACUGGGAAGUUGGUGUGAGUGAUAUGUUUAACUUAGCAUUGAUUGAUUUAUCUCAAAACAAAAUAACAACGCUUAAUGAGAACGCUCGCGCUAGCAUUGAAAGAGGUUUCAAACACUCCAAUUUAUCCAUUGAUUUGUCUAACAAUGCACUAGCUUGCUCAUGUGAGAAUCAUGAAUUCCUCACAUGGAUGAAAUAUUACAAACAACAUUUUAUCGAUAUCGAGAAUUAUACAUGCUUUCCUCAAAACGAUAGAUUUCAUUUUAACACAUUAGAAACAUCUCUAAUCCUAUUGUCAAAAGUUUGCAAAUCUUAUUUUGGGUGGUAUAUAGGAACUGCAAUUACGCUGACGGUAUUUUGCAGCGUCCUCACAGGAAUAUUGCUUGUCAAGAAUAAAUGGAAAAUCCGCUAUAUUAUCUACAAAACAAAACAGAAAUUUAAAUCUGGAAACGGACCCAACAUAGAUGGGUCAACAAACUUGAACUACGAACAUGAUGUAUUUCUGUCCUACAGUGGUUGUACAUUGAUGUUUGUACUGAAUGAGGUCAUUCCUCGUCUGGAAGAAAACAGGAAUAUGAAGCUUAUCAUCAGAGACCGGGACUAUUUGCCAGGGUUUCCAAAAACGGAUAGUAUAAUGCAUAGUCUAGAAGAGAGUCGAAAAACUGUUUGCAUUGUGUCCAAAAAGUACUUAGAAUCAAGGUGGCGCGAUUAUGAGCUGAACAUGGCAAAGGUAGAAGGUAUUAUCGACCGCGGCCGCUUAGAUUUUGUCAUCCUUAUUUUGCUACCGGAAGUGUACAGCAACAGUUAUCCUAGAAAAAUUAUGGACCUGGUGAAGAAAAAUUGUUACAUUGAAUAUCCGGAAGAAUCAUGUGCUUAUGAUGAUUUCUGGGAGAAAUUGGUUGAUAUGAUUGAGAGCUAAUGAUGUAGUUUAGACGUCUGUUAGAUGAAAGUGAAAUAAUCGAUCUUGCGUUAGCUUGAUAUAUUUAACAGAAAAACACGUUUAAGAAAUAGUAUAGAUGAAAUAUGAUUUUGAAUUAAUCGAUAUUAUUGUAUACUUUAUAUGAUAUAUAAAAGAUAUUGAAGUGUAUGUUUUAUUGAAGUGGAAAAUGUUGACAAAUUAUUAAACGGAAUGAUUUAAGAAUAGGCAAGACACUGAUCACGUAAUAAUUGUGACUGUAUUUGCUUUACCAGGAAUGGUAUCAUAGCGUACUAAACUACGUUACAUCUUGUAGUAGGCUGUGACGUUAGAGCUGUUUGUAAAUUAGGAUAUCACAGUAAAAUGCUCUCAAAACCGAAGAUAUGCGAAAAUUGACUAUAUCUUUUUCUCUCGAGAAUUUUUCCACCAAUUCUUCCUUCCCUUUUGGAAAGAUAUUCAGAAAAACAUAUUUGUUUUGUUCAUUAGAAUUGUUAAACAUUGAUAAGAAAUGGGUACCAUUUAAGGAUAUAUUGUUAUAAAUGACAGUUUUAGUAGUGUGUUGUUAGUAUUAUGAAUGAUUAAAUUUUCAUUUUUGUG